AUGCCUCCCACGUCAAAGCGGUCCAUGCCCUACCGAAAGCGGCGAUACGAAGACAUUCUAUCUGACGAUAAUGAACGUAUCACCUCUUCAAGCUCCAACAAGACGGUCGGAGAACAACCAGUGGAUUCGCCUGGUUCGAAGCGAUCAAAUGGCAACCCCCGAACGCCAAAUCCCACAUUUCUCGUCGGGAUUGACUUUGGAACUACCAUGACCUCAGUUUCAUACUAUAAAUUCAAGCUUGGUAAACGACCAACAACAGGUAUAAGCAAGAAUGCAAUAAAAUCAGUUAUUGCAUGGCCCAACGCUGCUUCUAGUCACAAUAGGGGCGAGGUCCCCAGCGAAAGCUUGUACCUCGGCGAUGAUUUUUACUGGGGCUACGGAGCUCAACUGAAAGCCCAAGAGGUUCUGCCCAAUGAAGCGUUGGAUGCAUCUAACAAGCCAAUUAAGUUUUCAAAGCUUCUUCUAGCUGACUUGCUGUCUGGUCACAAUCAUCAAGGGAACCGUGGCUCUUCUACAAAUGGCUCAUAUACCGAUUCUCAAACCAACAAGGCGGCCCCACCAUAUGAAGAUCUCGAAGAAACUUUGAAGGCAUUAGGCAAAGAUGUGAACGAUGUGAUUCGAGAUUAUCUGGUCGAAGUUUUCAGACACACCAAGAAGCAUCUAGGUCAGUUUGAAAGCUUUAAAGACACAAGCAAGGUUGAGCUAGCUCUGUCUGUUCCGGCCGGUUGGCCACUCAAAGCUUCUUGGAGCCUACAAGAGAUCUUGAAACAAUCAGUGGAAGCUGUGGGUUUUGGUCAAGGGUUUGAUUUGUUCUUGGUAAACGAACCCGAGGCGGCGUCGGCAUUUGCUCUUGACCAGCUCGUUGAUGCGAAAUCCCUUAUGACAGGAGAAACAUUUAUCGUGUGUGAUGCCGGAGGAGGGACAGUAGAUGUCACCACCUACACAAUCGAUUCUCGAAGCCCUUUUCGAUUCAGUGAAGCUGCCACUCCUACCGGUGGGAACUUUGGCUCGGUGUAUGUGAAUCAUGCUAUGGAGCGUCAUUUCAGAGACCUGCUGAGAAACAAUGAAUCUUUGGAACAAAAAAACAUAUCAGCCGAAGAGCAGCUUCAGCAUAACAUUCUUCCGCAUUUCGAAGGCACUCUGAAACGAGUGUUUGACAAUUCGCAAGGCCUCGACGGGUUUGAAUACUUCAUAGUUCAUGGUCUAGAGGCAGAUGACACUAAAGGCUUCUAUAAAAACAGGGUUAAAGUACCGUGGAGUGAAGUGUUUGGCUGGUUCCAGGACAGUCUUAAUGGUAUCGCGAAGCUCAUUCAAGAACAAAUAGUUGCAUCCAAAGAGAAGAAAAGAUUUGUGCAGAAAAUUAUGCUAGUUGGAGGGUAUUCACAGUCACCCACUUUGAGACAAUUCUUGAAAAAAGAAUUCCAGGAGCUCCAGCCUUUAUAUCAAUCAGAUUGGGAGGCGGAGACUCUGGUUUCGCGGGGAGCAGUAUACCGUGCAAUCGACAAAAGCAACGGACCCUCUCGUCAGAUUAUGGCAAACAUCGGGAUUCUCCAGAAUGAGGAAUAUGACAACAAGUACCCUGGCCAUAGAGAUACCCCCGGCGGAACGAGACACCCAAAGGACAAAAAACUUUAUGUUCAUCGCUGUGUCAAUUGGGUCAUUAAAAGGGGUCAAAUAGUUGCUUUCGACGAUUGCUUUAGCGAAACGCUGUAUCAACAAUUUGGGGAAAACGAAGAUUGGGACUUUUCGCAGCGCCUGUACUACUCAGACAUUGAGAAUGCUCAAGACCAUUACCAAAUUACUCAUCCUUACAAUCUAGGGUGUGAGAGCGCUGGGAUGAUCAGUGUGGACCUGACCAAGUGGAAAGAGGAAUAUCCUGUCCCAUUGAAAGGAUCACAGGGUAACAAGUAUUAUGAGAUCUGGUAUGAUGUAAGGAUGGAACUACAUGGUCGGAAUCUCAAAGUCUCUCUCGUUUAUCCCCCCGGCAAAGAGAUGCGAAGUUCUCUCGAGAUUUGCAUUGCGGCAUCAUUUACCCCUGGGACUGAGUGA